GGGGGCGCCGAGGCAAGACAGGGCGCCGAGCCGAGCCGAGCCAAGCCGAGCUGAGCCGAGCCAAGCCGAGCCGAGCCGCCGGGCGGCCAGGCCGGCCUUCCCCGGGAGGAGGGGGAGGAGGCAGGACAGGGGAGGGGAGGAGAGGAGGAGGAGGAGGCGGAGGAGGGAGGACACGGGGAGACGGUUGCUGCUGCUGCUGGGCAGAGAGAGGAGUCGUGCAGGAGCUGCGGCUGUAGUCGGACGCCACAUUCCCUCCUUACGGGACUAGUGGUGAGGAUGAGCGAGAGCUGACCCUGCCGGUGCCGCCGCCUGUGCUGUGAAGUGUCUGCUCCUCCUCCUCCUCCCCUGCUGUGGGUGAACCUGCGCUACGGGCUCUUCACUGACACGGGGGGGAGGUUGGUUUGUUUGUGUAUUUGUUUAAGGCAAAGAGGGAGAGAGAGAAAGAGAGAGAUCUUCCAUCCACUGAAGCACAGUUCACUAUGAUCGUACUCGCAUUCAGCACUGGAAGCCGGUUGGAUUUCGUGUCUCAGUCCAGGGUGUUUUUCUUGCAAACCUUCCUUUGGAUUUUAUGUGCUACAGUGUGCAAAGCGGAGCAGUAUUUCAAUGUGGAGGUAUGGUUACAAAAGUAUGGCUACCUUCCACCAACUGACCCCCGAAUGUCGGUGUUGCGCUCUGCAGAAACCAUGCAAUCAGCUAUAGCUGCCAUGCAGCAGUUCUAUGGCAUUAAUAUGACAGGAAAAGUGGACAGGAACACAAUUGACUGGAUGAAGAAGCCGCGAUGUGGUGUGCCUGACCAAACUAGAGGUAGCUCCAAAUUUAACAUUCGUCGGAAACGCUAUGCGUUAACAGGACAGAAAUGGCAACACAAACAUAUCACUUACAGCAUAAAGAACGUCACUCCAAAAGUAGGUGAUGCUGAAACUCGUAAAGCCAUUCGCCGUGCCUUCGAUGUGUGGCAGAAUGUAACUCCUCUAACAUUUGAAGAAGUUCCUUAUAUUGAAUUAGAAAAUGGCAAGAGGGAUGUGGAUAUUACAAUCAUUUUUGCAUCAGGUUUUCAUGGAGACAGUUCUCCCUUUGAUGGGGAGGGAGGAUUUUUGGCUCAUGCAUAUUUUCCUGGGCCAGGAAUUGGGGGAGACACUCAUUUUGACUCAGAUGAGCCAUGGACUUUGGGAAAUCCCAAUCAUGAUGGAAAUGAUCUGUUUCUAGUUGCAGUGCAUGAACUGGGACAUGCUCUGGGCUUGGAGCACUCUAAUGAUCCCACUGCAAUCAUGGCUCCGUUUUACCAGUAUAUGGAAACUGACAACUUCAAACUACCUAAUGAUGAUUUACAGGGCAUCCAGAAGAUAUACGGUCCUCCUGACAGAAUCCCACCACCAACAAGACCUCUGCCAACAGUGCCCCCACAUCGCUCAAUCCCUCCAGUAGACCCACGGAAGAAUGACAGGCAACCUAAACCUCCCCGGCAACCCAGCGGUGACAAACCUACCUAUCCUGGAGCCAAGCCUAACAUCUGUGAUGGGAACUUCAACACUCUGGCUAUUCUUCGCCGGGAAAUGUUUGUUUUCAAGGAUCAGUGGUUCUGGCGAGUCAGAAACAACAGGGUGAUGGAUGGAUACCCCAUGCAGAUUACCUACUUCUGGAGGGGUCUGCCUUCCAGCAUUGAUGCAGUUUAUGAAAACAGUGACGGGAAUUUUGUCUUCUUUAAAGGUAACAAGUUCUGGGUGUUCAAGGACACUACUCUCCAGCCAGGUUAUCCUCAUGAUUUGAUAACACUUGGAAGCGGAAUUCCUUCUCACGGCAUUGAUUCAGCAAUUUGGUGGGAAGACGUUGGGAAAACCUACUUCUUCAAAGGAGAUAGAUACUGGAGGUACAGUGAAGAAAUGAGAUCCAUGGACCCUGGUUAUCCCAAACCAAUCACAAUUUGGAAAGGUAUCCCGGAAUCUCCCCAGGGAGCCUUUGUCCACAAAGAAAAUGGCUUCACAUAUUUCUACAAAGGAAAAGAGUACUGGAAAUUCAAUAACCAGAUGCUCCGAGUGGAACCUGGCUAUCCCAGAUCCAUUCUCAAGGAUUUUAUGGGUUGUGAUGGACCAACAGAUCGAGACAAAGACCGACACAGCCCUCAAGAUGACGUUGACAUUGUCAUCAAACUGGACAACACAGCCAGCACUGUGAAAGCCAUAGCCAUCGUCAUCCCCUGCAUCCUGGCCUUGUGCCUCCUUGUCUUGGUUUACACUGUGUUCCAGUUCAAAAGGAAAGGAACACCCCGCCACAUACUGUACUGCAAACGCUCUAUGCAAGAGUGGGUGUGAUGCAGGGUUUUGGUUAUUUUCUUUCUCUCCCAGGAGUUUGUGGUAACUUGAGAUUCAACACAAGAGGUGUUAUGCAGUUUCCUAGCUAGGAGCAGGCAUCUGUCAGUCUGAAACAAAGCUGAUCUUUGAAACCCAACGGGUUGCCUGUCCUGCACAUGAGUGGCGAUUUGCUCAGCUGGGAAGCUUCCAUGAUACACAGUAUCUGCUGUUUCUUCAGUCCUUUGUCUUUCUUUGUCAUUCGAUUCUAGGCCUUUCCUCGGCACGCUCAAUGCCCGAUAAACUAUCAGGAUUAAUUAAUGAAGAGGAAAAAAAAAAUUCUGAUGUUUCUACAUUUUUCCCUUAAGGCCUGUUCCCCUUUGAAAAAUUUUUUGCUGAAAGUAAAUUUUUUUAGAAAAACACAACAACCUACAAUGGAACUUUCAGGAAAGUGAGAAGACCCAAAACAGCUUUGUCUCCAAAGAGGAUUGCUUUCUGUCUGCUAUGGAUAAAGUCCUAUACUCCUACUCCCAGUUAUGUCAGGUGGGAGACUCGGAUGACACGCAGGACUUCAGACUGUUCGGACAGCCAUUUUCCAACAAACAAGGGGCCAAAAUAUCUGCAAUAUAGUAACAGCCUUAAUAAUACAUUCAUUUUGUGUUUUUUACAGCUGCUCUGGGCUACGUCCUCAAUGUUUUAAACUCAUUUAUAUUCAUUACUAUAUUCAAGCAGAACCUUUUUAUUGGUUUAUUUGAUUCUUGGUUGGUUUUCCUGCAUAAUCUUUCCCAAGCUGUACCAAGUCAACUGCCCCAGGCCUUUUAUAGGUCUGUCAGGAGCACUCAUUCCAAAGCAUGGUAAAAAGCAGUUUGUCUCUGAAGUGGAUUUCAGUGAACUAAAGCAACAGUCACGCUAUAGAGAAACUUGACGCUGGUAUUACAUUGGUGGUGUAACCCUUUGAGAACUAUUGCAUCCAUUUUCAGAGUCUGGUGGAUGUUAAUCUUGGUUGUCAUUAAAUUAUAGGAUUGUGUUUGGGUAAUACAGGUUUUAAAAGAAAAUCAGUUUUUCAAAACAGAUUUCCUGUGACUGUGAGUGUUUUUAAUUAUUUGCAUUAUUGAUAGAAAAGCAUUUGUAACAUAAAUAGAAAACAAAAGAUAUUUACCAGCUACUUUCUGGUUAAAGGAACCAAUUUUAAUAACUUCUACCACUUACCAAGAACUUUUCUAAACUGGUGACAGUUUUAUAGCUUAGCCUUUUACCUUAAGCAUCUUGAAUUUCUCUUUUAAACUAUGUUGCAUGAUAAUUCAAUUUGCCUCUGCAGAGGUAGAGCUACAGUUUCAAAGGAAAGCUAAAACGAUGACUCUGAUAUUGCAUGAGUAUCCUCCGGUGUGUGUUACCCCUUUGCAUGUUCACCAUAGUUCUCAAAGGGUUAGUAAAAUUUCUGGCCUUCAGCCGAAUAUGAUAUCACUGACAGAGCCAAGAGACCACCAAAGCAUUUUGACAUUCUGUGUAAUUUGUGCUAACAGCAGUAUUGUCAUUUUCAUGUGACCUGCAGAGCAGGUUUGUAUCAAUAUUUUUUUCCUAGAGAAAAGUCAGCAACUGACAGACCUCUUUAUUGAUUUAAGGAGCUGCUUCUUGCAGUGAUAGGCUUUACAGUCACUGGGCUGUGAACUUAAUAAAAGAUGGUCAGAAUGAUGCACCCCAAAAGUCAGACACCUGGUUUUUUAUGAAAGCCAGGAUUUGAGGGGAGUAGCUUUUGCAACAAUGAACAGCUUGCCUUGAACUUGAUUAUUGACCUGUUGACUGUCAUUACCAAGUUAAACAUUGUCUUUUGUGAACAGCUUCACUGUCUGAAUUUCCUUAAAGUGUACUGUCCUAUGUCUUUGAUCUUUGACCUUUAACUUGCAAACUGGCACAAACUGAAGGAAAUCUGGUGUUGCAAAUUAACUAAGACGAGUUUUAUUUCUUAAGAGGCCUGAUAUACAUUAUCCAAAAAUUGAGAAAAAAAAGUUGAAGUGUUUUCUUAGAAAAGAACUGACAUAAACUAAAAUAUUUAUGAUAGAUCUGUAGAAGGGUAUUUUGCUAUGUAUACAUGCACACUCUAAAAAUGAACUGCAGUAGAAGUUAAUUUUUAUUUAACUUGAAUACAAUUUUCAGUAUAAAAUUAUCAUUUCUACAAAUAGCUAGUUAUUAAUGGAAAGGUUAUAGAAAAGUAUUAAAAUACUUGAAAUGGCCAGUAUUGGCUUUUACAUAAAAUGAGACUUUUGUACUGCAUUCAACCAAUUUCUUACUGGUUUCUUAAUCCACAAAACUGGAUCAUUUUUUAGAGAGUGUAGGUAUAUAUACAUAUAUAUUAUGGUUAUUAUUAUUUUGGUAAUGGAUAGCUUGACUGCCUUGAAUUUAUAUUUAUAUUGAGCAUAGCAUGAAAAAUAGUAUGCCUUUUUGUUCAAUUACAUGAUUUUAUAUUGAUUUGAGGAUUUAUUUUAUGAACAUAUGUGGCAUGCUAUAAAGCAUUGCAAACUUAUUUCUUAGAGCAUAAACAGAUAUACAUAUGUACGGCUAACAAAAAUGAAGAUUAGAAAAAGAUAUAGUUUUACAACAAAUAUGCAAUGCAGAUGGCAUUUUGGAGAUGUUUUGUAGAGGUAAUGCAUACUGUAGGUUAGAAGUGCACCAGUAUCAGCCCAUAGCAUCAUUUCGUAAAUGCAGUUCAGUUGUUGGUGAAAAUAUAGGUUGACAGUAAAGUAACAUAAGUUAUUUACUGCACAUGAGCUCAUUUGAUGAAUUUGGAAUUCUAUGUUUGUUUGUCAUAUAUAUUAAAAUGUGUGUGUGUGUUUGUAUAUUUAUAAAUGCACACAAACUCACACAUACACAUAUUUUAAUCCAUGGAGAGAUUAUUAUUGUCAACAAACUACUAUAACUUAUGUUCUGCUACAGACAGAACAAAAUGAUUCAUGUAGCUGUUCCAAUUUUGUCACUUGGAUAGCUGAUAGAAAAUACUAACAGCACUACUUAUUCUCCGUUUGUUUUUUUCUCUACACUAAGAAAACAUAUUAUCUUUAGGUCAGAACAGCAUCUCAUCUGGUUUUUUAUUUACUUGAAAAUUUAACUUCAUUUUUGAAAUACCUUUCAUGGCAGCUUUAACUUUUUGUGCAACUGAUUCCCUGACAGUAAUGAAGUGCUGAGCAUGUUGACUGUUGUUUUUGAUAAGGUAACAAAAAUGUUUGUAUUUGGAGAAUUUAACUUUAGUUAUGCAGGAAGGUAAGUGUCAUAAGUUUAGUGCUUGGUAUAUGGUACAUCAUAUAUACACGAAUACAUGAUAAGUUGAUUGUUUAAUCUAUUUUCUUUUACUUAAAAGUGCAUAUAUAUUAUAUACAGAGAGAGAGAGAAAAAAUAUUAUAUUGGCAUGUUUAUGUCAUGCUGAGCAAGACUGCAUCAGCAUUUUUAUUACAUACUUCUGUUUUCAGUAGGUUAUAACACAGUCAUAAAGGUUUGCUUUAAGUAAAAGAUGUAGGAACAAUUGUGUUCACUGUAGUUGACAAAUACAUACUGGCUAGUUUCAAAUUACAGAAGUUCAGAGUAAAUUAGUGCUGUUUCCUGAUUUAGAUUUGAAUUCAAACACUUAAAUGUUCUAAGACAAUGCUGUUUUUUGAAAAGUUAUUUUUCUACCAGGGCCUAUAAUUAUGACAAUUAAGAAAAAAGCCAAAUAGAAAAUAUUUUCAGUUCUGCAAUCUGGGUUCCUGCUUAUGUGCCGUAACUUUUUUCAUAAAGUUUUUAAUAAAAAUUUCCAUAUGGCUAUCAUCAUGAUCUGUACUGUGGAACAAUACAAAACUGAAUAUGCAUUAUGUUAAUCAGUUACAGUCUACCAAGCUGACUAUACAAGGUUGUGUAUCUUCAGAGUACUAUGGGUCUGUACAAUGCAGAAGGCCAGAGCAGAUUAUGGCAGUGUUUCCUCUGGUGUUUUAAUGUAUAAACCUAUGAAAAGGAUAUUGACUGUAGCCACAAAAUAAUUUUUUAUCAAAAAAAUACCUGUAGAAAACUAUGUCACUGUACGUUUACUGGAUAGGCUGGGAUGGAGAGACCCAAAUGGCUCCAAAGGAGCCCUUUCAGGUCUCCUGAAUAAAUGUAAUGCAUAUUUUAUAUCUUCCUAUGAACUUUUGUUCUUUUUCUUCUUUCAAAGUGGGGCAAAGGGAAGGGAUAAUUAAAGAAAUGAUCUUUUUAAGGCUAAUCAUGCGAAAAAAAAAAAAAAAAAAAUGGAGCCCGAAUCUAAUAGAUUCAAACAUAAGGGGAAGACACACUUUUUCUUGAAAGUGUACUUCACCUCCCCAGUUGUUUGGUAAAGACUCCUGUGCUAUUAGCACUGUGGGUUAAGAACAAAGUUUAAGGCUUAAUUUUUGAAUUUUCAACUUUUUGGGGGGGUCUUACUUCACAAUCUUAAUGUCAGUUAAUUGUAGCUUUUGGUACCAAAUUAUAUAGAAUCAAACUCUAGCUUGUUGGUUAAAAAAAAGUGCGUAGAAUAGAAAGUAGGUCUGCCUGUAAGCAAUGGAAGCAUUACAUUCCUACUCUCUUUUUUUUUGCAUUUGAACCAUCGCUAAGGAAAACCUUAAUAAAUGCAUAUAGCAAACUGAACAGUGAAUGUUCCAGGCACUGCAGUUUUAAGAAAGUAGACAUGCAAGUUACUACACCAUUAGCAGCCUAAAUUGGAGAUAGCACAAGAUGACUGGUCUGAGGAGCAAAGAUUUGACUGCAGGGGUUUGCUCUGUCUUGGCUCCUGUAUGUUCUCACAACAUGCCCUAAGUUUUAUCACCAAUUGCAGAGGUGGAGGAAGCCGUGCACUGUGGCAGUAGGAGAUGUGAAGCAGCCAUUGCAGAACAAUAGCUCCCUGUCGCCUUUUGUUGUUGUCAAGACUGUCUUUGGACAGUUCUAUUUCCAGAAGCCUAAAUAGAUGACUGCAGCCCUAUGAGCCAUAAGGAAAAUCAUUAUUAUCAGUGGAGGGAACAAAUGUUACUGGCCACUUAGGUGUUCAGCUAUGCUGUAAAUCAAAUAAUAUUGUGUGAGAGAUGAGGAACAGAUAACCUGUUAUUGAAUACAAUGGUCUAGCUGUGACUGAUACACCAGCACUGUAAUGUCAGGCGUACUUCCUUAGCUCACAGUGCACGCACUGCAGACAGAGUGGUUCACGUAAAAGAAGACUAUUUAAACAUAUGUCAGUUACAAAAUCAGGUGUAAAUGAACCAUAUACUCACAAUCUCUGAUUUAUGCAUGUAAAUCAAUGAAUUGUCUGCCACUUGUCUCAUGGAAAAAUGUAAUGUGUGAGUCGAAUCUGCCUAACCCGUUCUUGUGACUUGCCAUCUGAGAUGUCAGAGACUGAUAGACAUUGUCAUCAGUGCCAUAGAUGCUGAAAAUGUCUGGUAAGCAUCAAAAGCAUGCCCUCACUUGUUGCAGACUGGCUCCAUUUGGUGUUGAUCUGAGGCAGCCUCUAAUGUUAGGCAGCACAGAUUCUGUAUGACGUGGCACUGUUUGAUUUAUGUAUGCAACUAGGAAAGCCCAGUGAUAAUCAGGAGAUCAUAUUAUGAAGGAUCAUCAGUAUGUGACUACCGCAAGCAUCUGUUCCUAAAAUCAAAAUGUUUUUCAAAGAAACGUGUGGACAGCAUUAAACACAUGCAUCAUAAACAGGUCUUUUUUUCACAGUGUAAGUAAGGUUUAGCAUAUCGUCUACAAUUUACAGUCAGUUUAUUAACAUUUGCAGUUGCAGCUACCCAUUAUGUUUUUGAGAUAUGACAUUCUGUGAGAGGUGUACAUAAAGUAUGUUUGCCCUGUGGAUAUAGCCUUAAGUGGUGCUCCAGUUUGCCCACAGUAUAGAUGAAAUAAAUCUUAGAAGCAGAGAAGACAUAAAUGAAGAAAUGCUGAUGUAAACUAGCAUGCUAAAGACAAUUUUCUACACUUGGAUGUGCAUGCAAAGCAGUGCUACUUGCUGUCACAGUAAAACUACGUAAAUGAUAAUCAUUACAUAUGCCAGACAUUUAUGAUGGCACAGAGCUUUCCAGUCACACAGCUUAGUUUCUUCUGCUUCUGUAGACUGACAUUGUCCACAGACAAUAUUAUAAUAGCUAUCACAUAAACCAAAGCUUUCUUUUUAGUUAAUAAUAAUUUCUACCCUAUGAAAUUACUUCACAUCCAUUUUAUAACUACAACCUUAAUCUCCUUGGUGAGCUAUCAGCAUAUCUUAAUUCAUAGAUUUCAUGCCUUUUUUUUUUUUUUUCUGUUGCAGUAAAAUAUAUUUUGAACAUUCUCUCUAUCUUGCCAUCUGGCACUAACACAUGGAAUAAUCACUUUUAUUCUGUGCCAUGCAUGUGUCCUUGAUCAUCCAUUUGCCCAUACAUUGUUCUGGAAACUGGCUUUCUGAGAAGGAUUGGUAACAGAGGGCUGGGAGAAAAUACCUUCCUGACAUACCUGGCUAGCCCUUAACAAUAUGACAAGAGAGUUUGAAGAGUUUUUAGCACAAUAUUCCAUUACCCACUGGCAACAGAACAGUGUAACUCUGCCAAUCAGUGUAUGCCCAGAUGGGUUCAUCACUUGCAAAGAAUAGUGAAGUAGUGAGUAGUAGUCAGAAAACGCUGUUUUCUAAGCCAUAUUGCCAUCCUGAUGUGUUGGUAUAGUUUAACACCCAGUUGACAUGCAUAUUCAUAACUCCCAUGGCUGUACAUAAAAACAUCUGCCUUAUGGAAGCUGAGAGGGCUUAGGGUCAGCAGGCAAUCAAUGCUAACUUAUUUAUAAGGUGUGAACAAAUUUUUGUUCCCUUACUAUCAUUUUACAACCUUGAAGAAAAGUAGGUUUUCCCAUAAUGUAAAAUGAUGGUUUGUAACGCUCUUUUUCAGCAUUCACAAUUACAUGAUAUUAUAUAAAACCUCAGAAUAUGUUGUAAUACAACUUAAAUAUUCUGGUUGAAAUGCACAGCCCAUCUUUAGGCACACAAUGAAUCUAAACAGAGAUGCACAUACUGUGUAUGCUAUGCUUAGCUGUUGCCACAAAAUCGUCAGUGCUCACAUACUGAUCAUCUUCAUACCUUACAGGAACACCAUGUUGAAGCCAGCUCCAGGCAGUGUGUCUACCUGGAUAUAAGUAGAGAUAUAAGUUGGGAAGUGGUAUGUGUGCUGGCGUGUAUUCAGAAGACAUAAUAAGGCACCUACAUUACGGUUUGAAAUGAUCAGGACAACCACAAUUCAUACCUACCAGGCAUAGCUGCAACUUGUAUUUACAUGGUUGUGUUUUACCUCAUAUAAUAAAGUGCUAUGAACUCUGGCUAUACCUCACAAAGUAGAUGAAAACUAUUUAAAAAAUCUUUCAGGAUAGCCAUUGUCAAUACUCAGCUCACAGAAAUACCUGAGAUAUAAUCUUGAAAAGGAAUCCAGAAGUGAAGAAAUGUGUGAUGAGGCAAAUAAUCUAUUCCCAGCUCUUACUCUGUGUAACACAUUUGGUAAAACAUUGUCAACUAAAUAUAUGGUUAGCAUCCAUCUUUACUCUGUUUCCAAAACCAUGCAGACAUCUCUUGUCAAUUCAUGCACAGUUCUGUCUCAUUGUGUCUGGUUGAAAACCAUUUUAUAGGAUAGAUCAAGUAUUAUGAGCCUCCUUUCUUGUCAUCCAAGAUACACAGCUCAUCAUCUGCUAUCAAUAUGCAUUCCUUUGAAGGUCGUAGUCCUUGGAUCACAGUGAUGACAAAUACAGAUACAAAGGAACACCCUGUUGAAAUCUUUCUCACAGGAAACUUUAAUUAGUCAUUAACUUUCUUUCCACAACUUCUAGGAUCCACAGGAAAGCCAACUAGGUCUUUUGAUCAAAGACUGCAGACCGACACAGAAGCAGCAGCAGAAGCACACUUCCAUUUUGCAUUUCCAGAAGAACAUAGGAAAAGGAAUGAGAAUAUUUUGGUUCAUAAUUAAAAGUGCAAAAUGAGUUUUUCAGAAGGGGAAGGAGCCAAGAACGACCGACACCACUAAAAUUUCAUGUAGCUGCCUCAUAAUCGACAACAGAAGGGAGAUCAUCGGGAAGUUGGUGACAGCUUUGAAAGUAUUAUUGGUCUCCAACAAGGGUACCUGUUAGGCUGUAGAAAGUCCAAUGAAUUAUAUAUUUGGUGUCAUAACCCACAAGAGAGUGGUCAGUCAAAAGGCUCCUCAGUAUAGUUACUCUAAAGCUGGCUACAAAUAUAUAGAGAAAGCACAUUGUUUAUUUCAUGCAGUCAAAAGUCUUUAGAGACAGAUUUAGUCAAGCUAACUUCAGCCUGAAUCUAUGUGCAAAAACUUGUCAAUGAAGUGUUCUUAUGAUUGUUUUCAGAAAUUAGAUCCAGAAAGUUAUCUUAGAGGAACUCCCCUGGAUAAGAUACUGAAGGACAAAGAAGGCUUUACCUCUGUUAGUCUAUAUGGCAGCCAUGUAUCUUUACCCCCAUGAUUUAAUCACACACUUUUUUACAGUCUGUCACUAGGAAAUGCAGCUUUUUGUGUCUAUGGUGAAGAGGCAGUACCUUCUCAACAACUCCUGUGAACAUUUGAGGAACUUGAUGUAUAUCUCACUAAAUCUUUUUCAUUGUCCAGUCCCCCAACACUGAGCUCCAAGUUACUCACUUCAGAUUACUGAAGUUUCUGCCAUCCAUUGACACUGCCAUCCUUUAACUCUUUUAUGAAAAUUACGUGGUAGAGCCAGCACUGGCCAUCAUGGACUCCUUAUUUGCAUCUUGUGGCUACUUGCUGGGUCUCAUGUACAAUGGUGUAACAUCAGACACCUACCAUUUUUUAUGCCAGCCACUGCAUACCGUUUGCAUUAAGAAUUUAUGCAACCUGUGAGAGAUGAGCAGUCUAGAAAGCUGCAUUUCAAACAUGUUUCUGUUAUUUCCAGUGGUUCCAGUUCUCAGCCUUAACCUUUUCUCUUUUUCCUUUGCAUUCUGAUGCCUAUAAUCUGUGUCAUGGAUAUUCAGACAAUAAUUACCUGGCUGAACUCCUCCCUCUACGACAAGUCAGUUCAUACACAUACAUCACCUACCAUUACAUUACUGCUGUAGCAUAAUACGCUAGCACUGUUGCAUGACAGGAUACUUUGCUAUUAUGCAUUGUUCUCUGAGUGAUCCUAAUUUUUAGGCGUCAUAAAUAACAUAUUUAUGAAGAGCUUUUCCACUGUAGUCUGAGAAUCAGAUUCAUUGCAUGGUUCAGUCACAGCUUGCAGAGGAAGAUGCAGGUGUUUGUCUUCUGAAAGUUUUGUAUGUGAUAAGUGUUCCUAUAUGAUCAGAAGCUGUUUGAGGCAGGUGACGUCUGCUCCUUGCCAGUCCUGUUGUUAGAGCUGCUAGCAGUAAAAGCAUGUACAGCUGGUUUUGUCAGUGUGUAGUCAAUCAGAGUUUGAUAUACAUACGUACAGGAAUGGUACAUUGUUUGCCAUGCUUCAUACACAUUCUUGUUUCUCUUACUUUCUGAAUAACAUGCACCUUGCUUUCUUUCCAAGUGCUGUAUCUACCAGAACCUGAUUUCUUCCUUAGUUCUGCUUGUUGGGUUUUAUUUUAGCAACUGAUUCCAUUUUCCAUCUUCUGGGCAUUCCUUCCUCCCUGUAAUUCACUGUAAUUCCAGCAGAAGUUGUUCUAGGUCAAAUAUGUUAGCUAGAAGCUAUUACAAUUGUGACUCUUCCCAAACUUUUAUUUGCUUGUUUAUCUUCCACCUCUGAGAAAGAGGAAAACAACCUUUCAUGUAGAGACAAGGAUUUUGGUGCAAUUGUUAGGAUACCUCUGAAAGUGUUUUUUUAUGUAACAUGAUCAUAAAACUCACACAUUGUUAAACAUCAACUCUUUUCAAGCUCUGCUUCUUUAACUGCCCAGCAAUUGUUUGUUUGAAUUACAAAGCUUAACAAAUAAGUCAGAAUAUGGAUGUUAUGAUUUCUCUGUGGUGCAAAUUUCUCAUUUUUAUUCCCUUUUCUCUUCAUAGCCUCAUAUGCAUUUCAUGUCCAUGUUUGGCUCAUUAGGAUGUGUGUUAGGAAUGAAAUAGCUGAAGCAUUUAUUUGCUUUCUGCAACUAAAUUUAAUCUUAUUAUUAUUAUUUUAUUUUACUUUAUUUUAUUGGCUCACACAGCAUUCUAUACAGUAACCUUUUUAUAACUGACAUAUGUUAUUCCUUCAGGUAGCUUCUGCUGACAAACACAAAGCUUGUUUGUGUGCAAAUGCAAGGCUGACUAAAUGGUGCUAAAGUGUAUUAUGACUGUCAGAUAUAAUCAGGCAAAAUUUUGUGGUGCUUAGACUGAUUUUUUCAUUGAUUUUAUUGAUCAAUGCAUUGAACAGUGUUUUAUUAUACACAAGUUGUCUUUUAUUAGUAAAUCAAGACCUCAUAGUGCAUUGUUAAACAAAAUGGGUUAAUUAAUCUAUGUAACAGCUCACCAAGCUAUUAUCUCUUUAAUCCCUUAUAUUGUUGUGUCAUUAAAGGUCAAGGGGUCAUGAUAAUAAUCUCAUUGCUGUAGACCAUUAACAUGACUGAACAUUUUCAACAAAGUACUUAUGUUUACAAUGCUAUAACCCUUUGACUGCUGCGGCAACCUUUAACCACAGAAAGUCACAUACUAGAAUUGUCAUUAUGGUUCUUGCCAUGGCAAUCAAAGAGUUAAGGGCUGUGCAGUGAUUUGUUUUAUAUUUAUUAAUUUAUAUUUAUUUUUUGUUUUCAUUUGAGAAGGGGGAAUUGGGGUGGGGCAGUUCUUGUCUGCUGUAAGUGUCUUAACCAAGGGAAGGGUUGAAAUGGCUUUUAUACUAUUGCAUCUUAUGUACUUACCAUCAUUUCAUUGUGUUGUAAUUAAAAAAAAAUCUGUCAAUAAAUAACAGAACAGAAAAAAGUUUCAUAAA